AGGUGACGUCAUCACCGGGCGCCGCCGGGCGCGAUGGUGGCGGGCGCGUUCCCGCUGGCCAAGCUGCUGACGCUGGGCGCGCGCCAGCUGAGCCGCCCGCUGGCCGCGCGCAUCAAGGCGGGGGCGCGCGCGUCGCCCUUCUUCCGCACCUACCUGUGCCUGCCCCCCGCCCAGCUUUACCACUGGGUGGAGAUGCGAACCAAGAUGCGGCUGCUGGGGUUCCGCGGCGCGGCCGUGAAGCCGCUGAACGAGGAGGCGGCGGCGGAGCUGGGGGCCGAGCUGCUGGGCGAGGCGCUCGUCUUCGGCGUCGGGGGGCUCUGCCUCUACCUCGAGUACCUGCGGCAGGCGGGGCAGAGCCGGCGGCGCGAGGAGCACCUGGAGCAGAGCCUGGCCGAGCUGCGGCGGGGCCUGGAGCUGCUCCAGAGGGACCUGGAGGAGCUGCGGGCCCGGGGACACGCCCAGGGUGGGGAUGGACACGCCCAAGGCGGGGCUGGACACACCCAGGGUGGGGAUGGACACGCCCAAGGUGGGGCUGGACACACCCAGGGUGGGGAUGGACACGCCCAGGGUGAAGCUGGACACACCCAGGGUGGGGCUGGACAUGCCCAAGGUGGGGCUGGACAUGCCCAGGUCACCUCAGGACACGCCCAGGUCACCUCAGGACACGCCCAGGGUGGGGCUGGACACGCCCAGGUCACCUCAGGACACGCCCCUGCCCAAACUAGGAACGCUGAUGGGGAUGGACACGCCCCCGCUGGCUCUGGACACGCCCCUAUCGCGACAGGCCCCGCCCCCGUGCAUUAAAGCGUUUGUGUGUGGUG